AAAUUUUAUUUAUUCAACUUCACGAUGGUUAUUCUCUACAAUGAUCAACAACAGAAAAGAUGCUCCAAAAAGAUUCGUUGGGCAUGUAUUCAUCCUUUUCCAAUUACAGAAGAACAGGAAGAACAUAAACAUAAGCUGUGGGCAAAAACGAUGAUUGAAUUAACUAAUAAAAUGAAUGAGGUUUGGAUACCGCCCAUUAAUAACGUUCGAAUUGAUCGAAAUGGGGAAUCUACAAGUUGUGAACUCCAAAAUGAAGAAUAUAAUCAAAAUGGUAUUCAUGAGGAAGAAGAUAAUGUUGACGAAGAUGAUUUGCCAGAAUUGUCAGAAGUUCCAUCAAAUAAUACUUUUGUUCCAGUUCAAGAUGCGCACGGAUAUUUAAUGUGUAGAAAUGGAGAUUGGAUAAUUGAUAGAUUCAAAAUAAUUAAGCAAAUUGGUGAUGGUGUUUUUUCAAAAGUUCAUCUUGUAUCUGAUUCAAAAAAUUUACAAAGAUCUGCAAAUGGCGAAAAUCCAUCAAAGAGGGCUUUGAAAAUCGUCAGAAAUGUUCAAGCAUAUAAAGAUGCUGCUCUACAAGAAAUUAGUGUUCUUCAAGCUUUGCAUUCUUUUGAUGAUGAAGAAGAAAAUGGAUUGGGACCUAGUCAUUUGGUUAUUAAAUUGUUGGAUCAUUUUGAAUAUUUUGAUCAUAUUUGUCUUUUAUUUGAACCUUAUGGAUUGAGCGUUUUUGAUUUUUUGCGAGGCAAUGAUUACCAUCCUUAUCCUCUUGAUCAAAUUCGUUAUAUUGCCUAUCAGUUAAUUCUUGCGGUCAACUUUAUUCACGAAAAGGGAAUUGUUCAUACCGAUUUAAAGCCAGAAAAUAUUUUGUUUGUAAAUACUGACAAUUAUGAAUUUAAAAAUCGUUGGGACAAGCCUUAUGAAGAAAUGGGAUUGGUUAAAUCUAAGCGUUCAAGAAAUAGAAGGAGAAUUCGUGUACUUAAGGAUGCUUCAAUUAGAUUAAUAGAUUUUGGUUCUGCUGUAUUUGAGCAUCAAGGGCAUGAUGAGACAGUUACUACACGUCAUUAUAGAGCUCCUGAAAUUAUUCUACAAAAUGGAUGGUCUUUUCCUUGUGAUAUAUGGAGUAUUGGUUGUAUCUUGUUUGAACUUUAUUCUGGAUGUGCAUUAUUUCCAAAAAUGGAUGAUAUUAAACACUUGGCUACUAUUGAAAGAAUUUGUGGUGCCGUACCAAAAUCAAUGAAGAGAGCUUCUAGUUGUGGCUUUUAUAGAAGCAAUAAUCAAUUAAAUUGUAGUCCAGAAGUUAAGGAACAUGUUAAGGAACGUACUAGGAAAUUAUUUGAUUAUAUUAAAUUGAAAGAAAUGGAACAUAUUCAAUUUUUUGAUCUCCUUGAAAAUAUGCUUGUAAUUGAUCCAGAUUUACGUAUAACUUUAAAAGUAGCUAGAGAACAUGAUUUUUUUGAAAAAUUGGAUAAUAAUUUGCGUCUUAAAGCAGAAAAUGGCGAAAAUAUAAACGAGAAUGGUGCUACUUAA